AUGGUGGAGGACAAAUCUGCCCAGCUGCUCUCCAGACCUGUGCUUUUUUGUUUUGGGGGAACCAGAAAACUGCUCAGCACGGGGAGCGCCCCAGCAGGCAGCCUGCGGGGGUUUUCCUACCCUACCGCGGACCUCUUUUUCUCCACAACUGGGGAAACCCUCCCCCCCUCCAUCAUCUUCAACCAUGACACCUCCCAGCUGCCUCACUUCAUCAACAGCUCCCUGCCCGCACAUGACCGCAUGACCGCCCUGCAGAUCGACAGCUACUUCCGCCAGGAGCUCAUCUACAAACGCAACGAGCGAAUGGCUCGCCGUGUGUCUGCCUUGCUGCAGAGAAAUCCCAACCAGACAUACUUUUUUGCUUUUGGUGCAGGUCACUUCCUGGGGAACCACAGUGUACUGGACAUCCUGAGACAGGAAGGCUAUGAGAUCGUCCACGUGCCCCCCGAUCACCAAGAGCCGGUCACAGAGAGCAAACCAGCUAGAGAGCCUGCAGUACGGCCCAGUGAAGAGGGCACCGACACCAGCACGAUAUCCCCCGACAGAUGGCUGACCAGUCCAACAGACAUGGAGCUGGAGCUGGACGACCCAGAGAACAUGCCCGGCCUCGGAGACGAGGAGCUGCCUCACAUGCUGCUCCCCGACAGCCUGAGCCAGCUGGAGGAAUUUGGACGACACAAGAGGCCUCGCAAAGUUCACCGUGGCCACGGGAGGCCCCGCCUCUUCAGUGACCUGUGGGUUCGCAUUGGGGAUAGCACUACUCCACCACCUAAUGUGAGGAUAAUAAAUGGCUACGUGACAGUGGAGCCUCCGCUGACCCAUCAAAAGCAGCACAGACGGAUGAAGAUCUCCAUCACAGAGCAACAUCCCAGCCCAGCUUCCUCUACCCCACCCGACCCCAGCUCAGCGCAGCCAGCCUCAGUCCACAGCACACUCACACUGGCGUGUAUCUUAGCCUGGCUUCUAUCACACAUGCUGUUUACCUCCUGACCACAAGAUAGCGUUAUCUCACAGACAAACACUACUGCCUCCAUACCAGCGCAGUGGAAUGUACCUGAUAAACAAGGACUGACCAUCAGCACAUGUAGAAAAGAGAUAGAGGAACAAUGGCUAAGCCUGCUGUCGGCCUCCACCUACAGGGAGGGAUCAGCUCCAGCCUGCCCACGUCUUAACUAAACUUGUCAAGUCUCAAAAUGUGUGGAAGAGAUCUCAGCCACGACACAAGCAACAAAUGAACUGUGUUGGAGUCUUCAAAAGUCAUGAAAGUACUAUGGUAGAAUAACAAACUUAGCACAAUGAAGACCUGUAAUUCUGAAAAGUGAGGUGGAACUUUCUAAUGAAAAUUGUAAUAAUGUAUAG